GGACAGACAGACAGACAGAGAACAAAGUGCCCGACUGGGCUGCGCCGGCGACUCCUCCUGCCAUUUAAACUGCCGAAAGGGCUGCCAAGCCGUCAGCCGCGACCAGGAGGACUCCGAACGAGCAGCAGGAUGAGAAGAAGCCUUUGAAGCGGCGAGCAGGUCCGCUCAGGUCCUCCACAGUCACGUCACGUCCGAAGCCGUCCUUGUCAGAAGGAAUAUGCGCGGAGAUCACGUGCUCUUCCUCGUCCUCCUGCCCGUCAUGAUGCCCGAGACAGGUGUCGGUGCCCAGCGGCGAGGAACGGACAGCAGCGGCAGGAGGUACAACCGCAUCCAGCACGGCCAGUGCUCCUACACCUUCCUGCUUCCCGAGAACGACGGCAACUGCCGAGAAGGCGCCGCCGAGCCGCACAGCACGAACGCCCUGCAGAGGGACGCGCCACAGGUGGAGCAGGAGUUCUCCACGCAGAAGAUCCAGCGCCUGGAGCAUGUCAUGGAGAACUACACUCAGUGGCUGCAGAAGAUUGAAAAUUACAUUCAAGAUAACAUGAAGAAUGAGAUGGUGCAGAUUCAGCAAAAUGCAGUCCAGAACCACACGGCCACCAUGUUAGAGAUUGGCACCAACUUGUUAAGCCAGACAGCGGAGCAGACACGAAAGCUGACGGACGUUGAAACCCAGGUGCUGAACCAGACGACCAGACUGGAAAUCCAACUUCUCGAGAAUUCGUUGUCCACCAAUAAGUUGGAGAAGCAGCUGCUGGUCCAGAUGAACGAGAUCAGUAAACUCUUUGAGAAGAACAGAUUUCUCGAGAAUAAAGUCCUAGAGAUGGAGGAUCGGCACCGACUGGAGCUGGAGACCCUGCGUACCGAGAAGGUGACUUUCCAGAAUUUGGUGGGACGCCAGAGUAACAUCAUUCAGGAGCUCGAGAAACAACUCAGCAAAGCCACGAGCAACAACAGCAUCCUGCAGAAGCAGCAACUGGACCUGGCAGAGAUGGUCCACAACCUCAUAAAUCUGUACGCCAAAGACGGGGCAGUGCCAAACAGCGCAGAUAAAGCGGACGAAGAGAAGAAGUUCCGAGACUGUGCUGACAUUUACAACGCGGGCUUCAAUAAAAGUGGCGUCUAUAACAUAAACAUCAACAACAUGUCAGAAACCAAAAAGGUUUACUGCAAUAUGGACGUCGCUGGCGGCGGGUGGACGAUCAUUCAGCACCGAGAAGAUGGCAGUGUGGAUUUUCACCGAAUAUGGAAAGAGUAUAAAAUGGGAUUCGGGAGUCUCUCCGGUGAGCACUGGCUUGGAAACGAAUUUGUCUUUCUGCUGACCAACCAAAGAGAAUACUCACUGAGAAUCGAGCUGACCGACUGGGAUGGCAAUCAAGCGUUCUCUCAAUACGACCGCUUCCACAUCGGAAACGAGAAGCAGAAUUACAGAUUGUUUCUCAAAAGCCACAGUGGCACCGCUGGCAAGCAGAGCAGCAUGGUAAUCCAUGGGGCCAACUUCAGCACCAAGGACGCCGAUAACGACAACUGCAUCUGCAAGUGCGCCCUGAUGCUGACCGGAGGUUGGUGGUUCGAUGCCUGUGGUCCUUCAAAUCUUAACGGAAUGUAUUACAGCCUCGGACAGAACCUUGGCAGACUCAACGGUAUCAAGUGGCACUACUUCAAAGGGCCCAGUUACUCCCUCCGCGCGACGACCAUGAUGAUUAGACCUCUGGACUUCUAAAUCAGCCCUGGCGUUACAAGAGCAACUACUGCCAGGCAGGCUUUUCAACCAACCAAGGGACAGGAAAACUGAGACUUCCUCGAGCCGCCAAGGA